AUGGAACAGGGUCCGGAGCCCAUCCAACAUCCACUGAGAGGAGAGCAACAUGCAGCUUCCCACCACCGCUCACCACUGUUUCUCUUACACGACGGCGGUGGUACGACCUUCGCCUAUCACUGCUUGAGCGAUAUCAAACGGCCGUUAUACGGUAUCACGAAUCCGCGGUUCCACGACGAUGGGCGCGUUGAGGGUGGCAUGCGAGGCAUGGGACGACUCUAUGCUGCCAUGAUUCGACGGACUUGUACAAGCCCUGAUUCCGCAGGACAGCGAGAUUCUGGUGGGGUAGUCGAUAUUCUGCUUGGGGGCUGGAGCUUGGGUGGACUACUCAGUCUCGAGGUUGCCAAAGUCCUGAUAAAAGAUCGAGUUGUGCGCGUCAUUGGCGUUUUGAUGAUGGAUAGUCCGUGUGUAAGGGGUAUGUCAAGCGCUGGUGAAGGCUACGAAGAAAGCUUGAGCCACUUCGACCUCACCAGUCCGACCAGAAACAUGCUGCUGUCGAUUCAGGCCAUGCGAGAGGGAAUGAAAGCUAUCCGGAACUGGGACUUGCCAGUGUGGAAUGCCGAAGAAGUCAGGCGACGGCCUCGAUUCACGUUGUUGCGAGCCACCGAUUACGUGCUAGUUCGCAGUCAUGGAGUUCACGUCAUCGACAAAUACCGCCGUGAUCCGAAUCUUGGUUGGGAUGUCUACGAUCCGGAUCUAUUCACAGAGACUGAGGAUGUGAAGGGCAACCACUUUGAGCUGUUUUCCUUCAAGUACAUCGAGCAGCUGACGGAGACGAUCGCCAGAUGCUGUGUACAAAAACCUUCUUUACCAACAUCAUCUCGUUCCCCGUCUCGCCUCCUCGCAGCAUAA